AACGGUGGAAUUUGUGCAUCAUGCUGCAUAAGGCUCCUCGCACUUCUCUCCGCUUUCUGGCUAACGGACUGUUAUGGAUCCAAUCAGUGUGGAGUUAGUUAAUCCAAGGGCCAAAGUAUGGGACCUGAUUUGAAAGUUUGCUACUUUCUCGUGAUAAAUCCCACGAUCAUUGGGGCUAAUUAUUGUUAUCACUGAGCGACUCUACUCCGUACCGCCAUUAGAGAUGAGUGAGGAGAUGUCGAUCAGUUGAGUUGUUAAAAUGUUUAUUAAUGAGCAGAUAUGAGAUAAAAGAGCGAAAGUGUCUUGAAUACGGAGAGACACGCGCGGAGUAGUUGUGAUGAGGUCAAAUGAUUAGGAAAAGUUUAGUAACCAAAUCCUCGCUGCGACAGUCAACGGCGGAAAAUCACUCCCAACAUCUUGGAUAUUUGCAGGUGCAUUACAACGGCAGUCCGUUAUUUCUAUCGCCAUUCAGAAGUCAGCUAACUACUCCAGAAAACAGGUCCUAAUCUCACUCCAAGCACAGCAUCGGACGUACUUGCAAAUUACCCUGUUUGCUCGUAGCUCCGAGAUUCUACAUCGUAUUGCCCGUUGACCUCGACGGGUUCCAUCCCGCCAACCUAAACUUAAAUUUAACAUACUAGCAAUCGAUGGUAACUAAUAGUAAGUGUCUACGGAGUACAACUGACCGCAAGAGACCACCCCGCACAACAGAGCGGAACCUACUAAUAAUCGAGAGUUCUACUCACAGUCCUGCAUGAUCACUUGUGCUCCAUAUGUUAGCUAGACUCGAUAUGGGCCUUCCGUGCGAGGACAAUUGGCGCGCAGCGAGAUUUAUUUCGGAUUCUAUCUUCUUCCCCUUUAAAGUCGGCGACAUCGAAUCGCUUGGCUGUGCCACAGUUCGCAAGAUCUCAAGGGUCCAUUCAACUCCCUUUUGAGAUUUCCAGAACCACGCAACCUCGGGGGUGGCUUGGAUUAAUGAUGCUGUGGUUUCAACUCUCAGAAAAAAGCCUAAAAAUAGCCCAAGCAACACAACCCUUACGGGUAGUUCUUUUUUCCCAAUGAGCCUUUCGGUGGUGGUGGACUGUCCAGGAUGGGCUCUCCGGCCCCACCCCUUGAAGUUGGAGAAGCAAUUAUUGGCCUGGUCUCCGUCGGUUCAAUAAAAAGAAGAAAAAAUGCCAAGUGAGCCGAAUGUCAUUGAGCGCUUGCAGAAUGCAUAUGAUAGGCUGAACCCGAAAGCAACUCAAGUAAGCGCCUUGGCAAUGUGGUGGGACUCUUUUGCAGUGGAAUCCCCGCGCUUUUGGCCAAGGGCGCGCACUGGACGACGACUGUCCCUGAUUAAAUACUUCCAAGAUGGAACUCCAACAGGAAGUUCUCGCACACACAAGUUAAAUCAUGGUGCACAUUUCUUUUAUUUAACUUACCAAUAGCCUCAAAGGAAAGAAAUGUGUGCCGAUGGAACGGAUAGACCCUUCCACAUUACCGCCAUAAGUCCCUACCAGGCCACGAGGGACCAGUCCCUGGGUGUGGAUAUAUAGAGUUAGCGCCCAAGCCCGGCUUUCUCUCGGAGUUUAGAUUAGAUAUGAGGGCAGCUUCACUUACACUUUUAAGCUAAUAAUAGCGAGACGGAGUACUCUGAGCAGUUUACAUCCGGACCAUUGGCGGGGACGAGCGAGAUUUCAAGCCUUGGUGUUAAAUUAAAGAAUAGCGCAUCUCCAACAAGAUGUGAUAGUGAGGUAGCAAUCUGAUUGCUGGGCAACGACCCAUACAGCGUUGAAUUGGGGGGGACGAUGAGAGAGAGACCUAGGGCAGUAGUUAAUAUUCAUUCGUAGAUAUAAGGAUACCAUCAUAUUAAAUCCACCAGCUAAGGCCAUCAAAUGCACAUACUGAAUUGUAUCAAUUUUGUCACUUGAUUACUCUCCCAUCGUCUCCUCUGCUGAUACACUGAGCUUUCUUCCAUAUACCGCCAGACCUACAAUCUUGAGCCCUAGCAGUCUUACAGAUUCCCAGCAGCUCUUGACGGGCGGUAAUUAUCUGCACAGAAAAUUCCUUGCUGCCAUAUCCAAUCGUUGCACCAGGAUACAACUGCAGGAUCUCGUGGAAUCCUCGCGUUUGGAUAGUUAUUUGGCACUACCGUUGGCUGAUUUGGGAAACAAAAGAGCCGCAUUGCAACCACACCCAGACAAAUACAACCACGGCCAACCUCAACGGCAACAACCUCAGCACACAACCAACACGAACAACAGCAGUUUUAAUAACAAUAGCGCAUUAUAGCUGGAAAGAGUUGGUGCAAGGUCCCGUUUGCCCAGUCGGAAUAAGCGAGCGAGGAAGUUGGGUCGACUUCACUCCCGGUUCUCAGGCGCGCUUGUGGUCGUCUCAUCAGUGCUUCAGAAACCGGGCCCACGAUCCACCAUCCUAUAUAGACAAGGCAUAAAUCACAAAUUUCUAUCCUGCGACAGCUCGAGCUGCAUCUCCUACGCUUCUCAAACCGCACUAUCGUCGAUUUUCUUCGUUUCCGAUCUCCUUAGUCUUGUCUUGCUUCCUAAACGAGCCACGAUUCCUGCCCAUCAUUUCCCCAACUUGCGCCACUGGAUAGUUACAAAAUCACCAGCGCGGGAAAAAGGGCAUCGGCUAUUGUCAUCUCUUUCUCAAUUUGGUCAUUCUGCCAUAAGUCAUUCUGCCAUAAGUUGCUCCCCGGAAAGUGUAUAAUGGGCGGGAGAGGGGGAAGCUAAGAAAAACUUUUGAUAUCGAUAUACGGUGGUGGGUGCAUCGAGCGAAUCGUCAGUGUGGAUACAUGGAUAGUGCAGCAAACCGGAUUCAACAAAUUUCUGAGCUAGACCGGUGUAGGAGGAACGGGAGUGAACAGGAGUGCCGGUUCUGGGAGCAUUCAAGGUGGUUCUAGGGGAGAGACUCCCGAGAAGUGAGAUCAUGGUCUGUGACAUUAUAGUUUAAUAUUUCGGCACCAUUAGCAUUCGGAGACCCGCCGUUAAGACUACAGGACUACCUCCGUUACCUUCAUCUCUUCCUUUUUCCCACGGCUUCCUGCCCUCUUUCUUUUCUCCUUGUCAUCGUUAUCUUUUUCGGUGCGGAUUCCUUCGCUUGGUUGUGACUAUUCUGGCUACUCUUUCCAGAAGGCAUUGAUUGCCCUUGGAUCUGAGCUUCUUCUUCUCUCAGGAACCGCUGGUCGUCAUUCCUCCUGUUUUAUUGCUAUAUCUUACUUAAUACCCGACUUUUAGCAGUUUCUCGCAGUUUUCACGGUGUUUAUUUUACUAUAUUUCAAACCCCUAAAUACCUCAUUGUGGAUACUAAGAUCAGUGACUAUUUCGCAACCAUGAAUUCGGCGUGGUGGAAAUCGAAUUUCAGUAGCUCGAAGAUCCUCUUCUAUUUCCUGUUCCAUGGAUUGCAGAUAGGCAUGUUUGCUUUUGGAUGGUGGAAACAAGCUGCUGACCCUCGUCUGGCACCCCUGAAUACGCUGGGGUUUUCGGUAUGGAUCUCUCGUGGUGCCGGCUUGGUGCUCUCGAUUGACGGCGCCUUGAUCCUGUUGCCCAUGUGCCGGACACUCCUGAGAUGGGUGCGGCCGAAGAUUCGCUGGAUUCCUUUGGAUGAAUCCCAGUGGUUCCAUCGCCAGGUGGCAUAUUCUUUACUUUUCUUUUCUAUUGUGCAUACGACUGCUCAUUAUGUGAACUUUUUCAAUGUCGAGAAGUCUCAAGUUCGUCCCGAGACUGCUGUUCAGAUUCAUUACACUCAGGCUGGUGGGAUUACCGGCCAUAUCAUGCUUCUGUGCAUGCUGUUAAUGUACACGACCGCACAUCACCGAAUUCGACAACAGGCUUUCGAGACUUUUUGGUAUACCCACCAUCUAUUUAUUCCAUUUAUGUUGGGGCUGUACACGCAUGCUACAGGUUGCUUCGUCAGAGAUACAGUUGACCCAAUUUCGCCGCUUGCGGGAAAGGACUUUUGGGAUCACUGCAUCGGUUACGAAGGUUGGAGAUGGGAGCUCUGGGGUGGAGGUAUUUACCUCUUUGAACGGCUUUACCGAGAAAUUCGAGCAGCGAAACCUACAGAAAUUACGAAAGUCGUUAGGCAUCCUUACGAUGCCAUGGAAAUCCAAAUUUACAAGCCCAGCUUUCGCUACAAGGCCGGCCAGUGGCUCUUCAUAAAUGUUCCAGAUGUCUCAAGGGCGCAAUGGCAUCCCUUUACAAUCACGUCCUGUCCAUUUGACCCUUACGUUAGCAUUCACAUACGGCAGGUUGGAGACUGGACAAAACAAUUGGGUAACCGUUUAGGUUGUGGCCCACAACAAGCAAAGGACAUUGAUGGCCUUGACCCACUGGGCAUGUACGAAAUUGCCAUGCAAAACGGACAAACAAUGCCUAGCAUUCGAAUUGAUGGACCUUACGGAGCCCCCGCAGAAGACGUUUUCAACAAUGAGAUCGCUAUUCUCAUCGGAACAGGUAUUGGCGUUACCCCAUGGGCUUCAAUCCUUAAGAAUAUAUGGCAUCUACGAGCGUCACCAAAUCCACCAACGCGUCUUCGCCGUGUCGAAUUCAUCUGGGUUUGCAAGGAUACUAGUUCCUUCGAGUGGUUCCAUGCUCUCCUUUCGUCGCUGGAAGCCCAAUCAGCAGCAGAGGCCGGCGAUGGUCAAGAGUUCUUGCGUAUCCACACCUACCUCACACAACGAUUUGACCAAGAUACCGCCGCCAAUAUCUACCUCAACUCCGUCGGUCACGACAUAGAUCCACUCACAGAAUUGCGGACAGGAACCAAAUUCGGCCGACCAGACUUUACGAGAUUUUUCACAGCUCUACGGAACGGCCUGAUUGAUCAAACUUAUAUGUCCGGAUUAGACGCUUCAUUGCGGACGGAUAUCGGUGUCUACUUUUGUGGGCCCAAUCCGGCAGCUAAGUUGAUCAAGAAGGCCGCCCAUGACUGUGCCACUAAUGAAGUCCGGUUCAAGUUUUGGAAGGAGCAUUUCUGAUCUGCUCAAUUUUGCCCGUUUUGCUGUCCACUUGGUACGUGAACCUUGCUGUUAAAUAUGAAAAUGACCGCCAACCAGAUCACGCUAAUACGAAAGCUACUUAUAUUUUAAGAGCUACUUGUGUUGUCUAUAUGGACGUUUUUCUUUUCCUCGAGUCAUGUUGUUAUGCGAGCGCUCCAUCUCCUUUCUCAGUACACACGCAUAUAUGUCUCUAUCUACUCUAAUACCUUUCAGCUCUAUAUCCAUUGCUUUUAUUUGCUGUUGUCUUCCUUGUUCUUCAAUCCCCCAAUCUCAAAAAAAGCUAGCUACGAUUCAGGGACUGGUUUGGGACGACGUUCGUAUCUAUCAUGUCUUUUUUCGUAAAUAUUGAAGUCGAUAUCUAAUCUUUCCUCUACAUCUUAAGUCAUGGUGCUCAUGUAUUAUCUGACUUUUGCCCUGCCAAACUUUCACCGGAAGGAUUUGAGUCCAACUCAGGUUUGUCCAAGAUUUAGGGACCACGGCUGGAUAUAUGUAGCCAUCGGGCGGUUUUCGUCUCCUCCCAUUUCCCCCUUUUCUCAGCAUGCUCUGAUUCACGACAUCGAGGCAAGGGCAAAAGGAAAAUGUACUGUACUUACUCUUUAUUCACGUGCACAUGCGCAAACACUCUUCUUCCAUUGAUGCUUUUAAGCGAUGCACCUAGAUAUGAGGAAUGAUCCUAUGUGACCAUCCACAAAAUAACUCUUUUGAGCCCCCGAGUGCUUUGUUCUUGCUAUUAUAUUUACCCGCAGCCUCCCUUCGUUUUCAUUCAAAUACAACGGACUCUUUUAAGAAAAGAGACAUCACCACAAGAUCGAUGAACCUAACCACACAGAGAUUCAAUUUAUCGAUUUUAUGUUCUCUCAGCAUUUGAGGCGUGUCUCCAUCUCCAUUAAGGAGUCGCAGCUGUUUGAGGCUAAGUUACAAAGGUUGCAGCAACAGGAACUGCAUAAAGCUGGCCCCGUGUCAUAUCUUAAGAGCGAAAGUAAGGAAAGGGGGGAGGAUUUGCUCUGGUAUUCCAAAUUCACCAUGUUGACAGCUUGGUACAUCUUGGUAUUGUUUCGGUGGACAUGGAUGAAACCUGAAAUCUCACGCAAUUUUUUUUUUUUUUUUUUUUUUUUUGUCAAAAUUACCACCAUUUCUUUCUAUUUAUCUGAUUUUGUGCCAUUUUGAGAGGUUGAACUUGACAAUAAUGGUUUUCAAGGGUAAUAUUGAGUUGAGAUGCUCAUCUUUCUUUGAAGACAAAAAGCAUAGAGAGGUGUCAAGAAAAGAAAUGAAUAUUCACAUUAGUUUUUUUU